AGAACUAGAAUGAAUCCAGAGACUAGACAUGAGCGCAUUUGUUUCUGUAUUUUGUAUGAUGACGCAACAACACCAUACCGGUAUUUAUUGUAUAAUGCAGGUUGACGGUCGAUCAAGGAUGAAAGAUGUCAAAAUUCGAUGAUAUAUUUAGCUCAUUUUUUGGUUCGGGAUUUCAUCCUGGAGGUGACAGAGAGGAUCCGUACACUGAGGACGGCGAUCAGACUCCUUUCCGUGGAUUUUUUUCAUCCCCUUGGAGCUUCCACAACGGACCAUCACACGACAUGGAUGAUGAUGAUGAAGGGCAGUCUGGGGGACAAGGACCAUUCCCAGGGGGUGGUGGUUUCUUCUCAUUCAACAAUGAGAUGAAUGACAUGUUCAGACUCUUCGAUGAUAUGUUCAAGAGCUUUGGUAUCACAGAUUUUCCUCCUCUAGAUGUUCCCAGGGUACCUCCACUAGCCUCUGUCCAACCCGAGAUGAAAUCCCCAAGAGAUCACAUGCUGAAAGAGCCAGAUUCUACAGACAGUCCAGAACCGGGUUCAGUCAAGCCUAAUACUGCUACCAAAGAACCACUCUCAUGGUUUGAUGAGCUGAGAAAAGGAAAGACUAUCUUCUCUGUUCCUCCUGAUGAUAAAAUCUCUCCCUCGACUUCAGAAAAGAAAGAUUCAGAUCUUGAUGAUGUCAUCAAGCAAGGUGAGAUGGAGAGAAUAUUUGGAGGGAGGUCAUCAAGGAAUCCUUCAAACGAUCAGCGACAGAGCUCUUAUUCAAGGAGUAUAUCAAUUCAGACAAUUAGAAAACCAGAUGGGACCUUUGAAACGAGACGGACUGAACGGGAUGGCCAAGGCAACGUGACCACGACCGUGACCUCGGGUUCAGACGAUGCACCUCCUUCGGGGAGAAUUGAUCCAAGGAAUGCAGAACCCUGGGGUAUGCAUCCCUGUAGACCAAGUAUAUUCUGGCCUUUUACCAAGAGAAAUCCAGGAAAUGAUAGGUUUGAGAGCAAGGGGUCUAGGAUUGGAGGUGGUCCAGAUCCUUGGAGGCCAGGAACACCCUGGCAAGGUUCCAGGAGGUAUCCCGGUCCAGUGAGGCAGGAGACGGAGAUGGACAAUUCUGUCUACAAGAAAUUCUUUGGAUCUUGGUUCAAGCAUUAAUGUUUUCAUGGCAAAUGUGUGCCUUCAAGACAAUGGGGAAUAAUGCAAUUUAAGUAAUAAUCAUUAAGAUCGAUGAUGUAUUCAACCUUCGAAGGUUGGACUCAGAAGUUGUAGAAUGACAAGCUGAUAAGCAAGUACAAUUUUAAGAUCCUCUGUAAGAAGACAUUACAUUUUGGGGUUGGCAAGUGUUUCUUCAACUGGAUUGAGAAAUUUCUAUUUGAAUUGCUAAUGCCUUGUUGAAUUAUAUAAGAGAUUGCACCAGUGUUGUACCGUGCAAUGCUCUAUAUCCUCAUCCAAAUCAUAUUGUUGCAGAAUUUAUAUGGGAGUUGGAAAUUGAUAAACCACUGUAAUGUAAACUCGCAGAGAUCUCACUGAUUUCACCAACUGUUUGUUUUCUCCUCUCAUUGACUCUGUAUAAAGGUUCUCACUUCAGUUCUUAAUUUCCCUCUCUCAGAAUGUAAAUCAACUAUCUGUACAUGCGUCUAUAUUCUCUCACAAGUGGGGAACAGCAAAUUGAAAUAAGCAGAGCUGACUUUUAGGUUAGACUGUCCCAUUUAUUAAUAAGAGCAGACAUUACAAGAAUAGACACAAUCCUCCUACAUUCAAUUGAAAUGGACUCCAAGACAUGCCCGGAGAAACUCUCCUCAAAUGCGAAUUACCUCCCCUUUUAACGAGAGCUAAAUUGAGCAAAGCAUCCUUGAGCUAGUUUCUAUCCCUCUCCCAAGAACAAGAUUCGUCCUCGGCGUAGAUGGGAUGCACACGACUGCAAGUCGGUCCUUGAUGUUGCAUAACACAAGGGCAUACUCUCUUGAUGAGCGAGACCCUGGACUUUAUAUGCAAAACAGAUCUGUCCUCAGCUUGAGGUCAGGCAAGGUCGCACGCGACAGAUCUGUCAUCGCUGGGCGAGGCCACGCGCGAAUGAGAGACUGUCCAUGUCAUUACGUAAGCGAAGCUUAAGGACAGUCGCUGUUAAGGAGCAAGGCCCAGGUCAUAAAUAAAGUCUGACCUCAGCUAGAAAGGUUGGAAGGACGCUAAGGCAGAUCGAGAUGUAACAUCCCGCAAACUAUGCCAAGGACUGUAUAUGUGGUUUACAAGCUCGAGAAGGCUUUGCUUUCACUGAAUACUGAGAAUGUUGAUAGUAGGAUACUACAAACACAAAUUUGUGUUAAUAUUCAUUAUUGAAAAUGGAGUAAAUAAAAUUUAGAGAAUUACAUAUUGCACCAAAAUAAAGCUGACCAUUAGGUCAGGGAAUUUAUUUGACUAUUGAAUUAUUUAAUUCCAAUUAUCUUGUUCAUGGAGAUGCCAGUUACAGUUUAUAAUAAGUUAAAUUUGAAGAAAAUAGAGUUCACUUCAUUCUGAACGAUUUUUUCAAUGCAUUGUGUAUGUGUUCAUAUAUCAGUAAGACUGAUAUAAGCUUCAGUGAUGAAAUAAACAGAAGACUUGAUACCAACACAAAGUUUAUUUGAUAAUCUCUUUGAUGACAGAAAACACUUAAUAUUAAAUAAAUACCAGUUGUGGUAACAAUCUCAAAAUGAGUUCGAACAGAAUCUAAUGAAAUUACAACAAAAUUGUAUGUAUGUAUAAAUAAAAAAUAUUUGCCAAAUAGCUCCGGAGGAAAAUGUGUAAUUGCUGAGUAAUGAGCAUGGAAUUCCAUCAAAUGUUGGGUAUUUUUCAAAGCAAUGUUAAUACACUGUCCCAUAUUUGCUUUUCUGUGUUAUUGAUCAUCAGAAUUAUCGAUUUUGAGCUAAGAUUUCAUGAUUUAGAAAAGAUAAGAUUACAUUAAUGUACCAGAUCUAGAUGUAUAAUAAUGUUUUGACAAUUAACCUGGAUUUAAAAGACAUGCUCCUCAUUGUUGGGUACCCAUGUACACCUGGGCAGAGAAUGGCAUAUGUAGACAGUUUACUUGCUAAAGGAAAUUAAUGCCGAGGUGGGAUUUGAAUCCCAGACCUUGUCGUUCAAAGUUGGAGGACUUUAAUACCCUUAGUUCCUUUUACACCUCUUGUAUCAUUUUCGUUUGUAGAAAAAAAAAAUCUUCUUGCAUUGCUUUAUAUUUUUAAUUUUCAAAGUUUAUGUACAUGAAGUACAAGGAGAUAGAUAAGCAAUGUGUCCCGGUUUUGUGUGAAGAACAAUAAUUUUGUUUUUGUCAAGCUGCCAAUUUUGAGGAUUUUAGUGAUAGCUUCAUAUCAAAACAUUUUUCUAGUGUUUUACCCUGACUAGGCCGGGCUUUUCAUUGCUAAGCUUUGUGUUAAGGGCCCCAUGUGUAUGUGUAUGUGUAUAAAUAUGCAUGUGUAUGUUUAUAAAUAUGCAUGUCUUCAGAGGUUUUAUUUUCGAAGAUAAAAUCAUAUUUUGCUUAAACUACAAUGCAGAAUUAUUAGAAACAGAAAUUGCAUUGAGGGUGCAGUAAAGUGAUAAUAUGAAAUACAAA